UGAGCGGAGGCCCGAGGGAGGCGCCGUCCCGCCCCCGCCGCCGCCACCACACCGGCCCUCCGGGAGCGUCUGAGGAGGCGCGGGCCGCUGCGGGCUUAGGCGCCGCACCGCGCCGGCCCGAGCCGCUGGACGAGGCCCAGGCAGCCGCGCGCCGGGACCCCGCCGCCCGAUGUCCUCAAGAUGGAGGCAGCGGGGACGGCGGCGUGAAGAAAGCGGCGCUGUGGGCGCGGGAGCAGGGGCCCGGGCGGAGGCGGUGGCGGGAUGGGGCUGCUGCUGAUGAUCCUGGUGUCGGCCGUGCUGGGCUCCUUCCUCACGCUCCUCGCCCAGUUCCUGCUGCUGUACCGCAAACAGCCCGAGCCGCCGCCGGACGACGCCGCCCGCGCGGGCGACGGCUUCCGCUACAUCAAGCCAGUGCCAGGCCUGUCCCUGAGGGAGUACCUUUAUGGCGGCGGCCGGGAUGAGGAGCCUUCCAGUGGGGCCCCCGAGGGCGGCGCGACCCCGACUCCGGUCCCCGAGACCCCUGCCCCGCCAACGCGGGAGACCUGCUACUUCCUCAACGCCACCAUCCUGUUCCUGUUCCGGGAGUUGCGGGACACUGCGCUGACCCGCCGCUGGGUCACUAAGAAGAUCAAGGUGGAGUUUGAGGAGCUGUUGCAGACCAAGACGGCCGGGCGCCUGCUGGAGGGGCUGAGCCUGCGGGAGGUGUUCCUGGGCGAGACGGUGCCCUUCAUCAAGACCAUCCGGCUCGUCCGGCCCGUCGUGCCCUCGACCACCGGAGAGCCCGACGGCCCCGAGGGGGAGGCGCUGCCUGCCACCUGCCCCGAAGAGCUGGCCUUCGAGGCAGAGGUGGAGUACAACGGGGGCUUCCACCUCGCCAUUGACGUGGACCUGGUCUUUGGCAAGUCCGCCUACCUGUUCGUCAAGCUGUCCCGAGUGGUGGGGAGGCUGCGCUUGGUCUUUACUCGCGUGCCCUUCACCCACUGGUUCUUCUCCUUCGUGGAGGACCCGCUGAUUGACUUUGAGGUACGCUCCCAGUUUGAAGGGCGGCCCAUGCCCCAGCUCACCUCCAUCAUCGUCAACCAGCUCAAGAAAAUCAUCAAGCGCAAGCACACGCUCCCGAAUUACAAGAUCAGGUUUAAGCCAUUUUUUCCAUACCAAACCUCGCAAGGAAUUGAAGAAGAUGAAGAGCAUAUCCAUAUACAACAGUGGGCACUUACUGAAGGCCGUCUUAAAGUUACAUUGUUAGAAUGUAGCAGGUUACUCAUUUUUGGAUCCUAUGACAGAGAGGCAACUAUUCAUUGCACUCUUGAGUUGAGCAGUGGCGUUUGGGAAGAAAAACAAAGGAGUUCUAUUAAGACGGUUGAAUUAAUAAAAGGGAAUUUACAAAGUGUUGGACUUACACUUCGUCUUGUCCAGUCAACUGAUGGAUAUGCUGGGCAUGUCAUAAUUGAAACUGUGGCCCCAAACUCGCCUGCUGCAAUUGCAGAUCUUCAGCGGGGAGAUCGACUUAUUGCUAUUGGAGGUGUGAAAAUCACAUCGACAUUGCAAGUGUUGAAGCUCAUCAAGCAGGCUGGUGACCGGGUCCUGGUGUACUAUGAAAGGCCUGUGGGCCAGAGUAAUCAAGGUGCAGUGCUGCAAGAUAAUUUUGGCCAGUUGGAAGAAAACUUUUUGUCAAGCUCAUGCCAACCAAAUUAUGAAGAGGAAGCCACAGGGCUGGCAGUAGAUGCUGAAAAUAGAGAGCUGGAUUCUGAAUUUGAAGACCUGGCAAGUGAUGUCAGAGCACAAAAUGAGCUCAAAGAUGAGGCACAAUCAUUAAGUCAUAGUCCCAAACGUACUCCAACAACACUUUCUCUUAAACCCCUUGGAGCUAUAUCACCAGUUUUAAACCGUAAAUUAGUUGGGGGAGGUCACCCACUACCACCAAAAAUUCCACCCAAAGAAGGAAAUAAACCCUCACCCCUAAAAACUUCUGAGACAACAGACCCAGCACAAGUGUCAAAACCUACCCAAGGAUCCACUUUUAAACCACCUGUGCCACCACGACCACAAGUGAAAGUCCCUUUGCCUUCCACUGAUGCUCCAAAUCAGGCAGAACCAGAUGUGCUUGUUGAAAAGCCAGAGAAGGUGCUGCCUCUUCCUCCUCCUACAGAUAAAUCUGAAAAGCAAGCAAAAAGUAUGGAUCCAACAGAAGAUGCAGCUACAUCUAAGCAGUUUUUAGCAAAGCAAGAAGUGGGUAAAGAUUUUACUUCAGAAAAUUCCUGCCCUACUAAGGACAGUUCUGAUGACCGUCAAACGUGGGAAUCGUCAGAAAUUCUUUAUCGUAAUAAGCUAGGAAAAUGGACAAGAACCAGAGCAUCCUGUUUGUUUGACAUAGAAGCCUGCCACAGAUACUUAAACAUUGCACUGUGGUGUAGGGAUCCUUUUAAGUUGGGGGGUCUCAUCUGUUUGGGGCACGUUAGUUUAAAACUUGAAGAAGUGGCUUUAGGAUGCCUCGCUACAUCAAACAUGGAAUACUUUUCAAAAUUCAGACUGGAAGCCCCCUCACCUAAGGCUAUAGUCACUAGAACCGCACUACGAAAUCUGAGUAUGCAGAAGGGAUUCAAUGACAAAUUUUGCUUUGGUGACAUUACUAUUCACUUCAAAUAUUUAAAAGAAGGAGAAACAGACCACCAUAUAGUUACUAAUAUAGAGAAAGAAAAAGAACCCCAUUUGGUUGAAGAAGUUUCCGCUCUCCCUAAAGAGGAACAUUUUGUUGGACAGGUAGGUUUAACAGAAAGUAAACAUAGUUUCCAGGAUACUCAGUUCCAGAACCCAACUUGGUGUGAUUACUGUAAGAAAAAAGUCUGGACUAAAGCUGCUUCACAGUGUAUGUUUUGUGCUUAUGUUUGCCAUAAAAAAUGUCAAGAAAAGUGUCUAGCCGAGACUCCUCUUUGUGGAGCAACUGAUAGGCGAAUAGACAGGACUCUGAAAAACCUCAGGCUGGAAGGACAGGAAACCCUCUUAGGCCUGCCGCCUCGUGUUGAUGCUGAAGCUAGCAAGUCAGUUAAUAAAACAACAGGCUUGACAAGGCAUAUUAUCAAUACUAGCUCUCGUUUGUUAAAUUUGCGUCAAGUCUCUAAAACUCGCCUUUCUGAACCAGGAACUGAUCUUGUAGAACCUUCACCAAAACAUACACCCAACACGUCAGACAACGAAGGCAGUGACACGGAGGUCUGUGGUCCAAACAGUCCUUCUAAACGGGGAAACAGCACAGGAAUAAAGUUAGUGAGAAAGGAGGGUGGUCUGGAUGACAGUGUUUUCAUUGCAGUUAAAGAAAUCGGUCGUGAUCUGUACAGAGGCUUGCCAACAGAGGAAAGGAUCCAGAAACUAGAGUUCAUGUUGGAUAAACUGCAGAAUGAAAUUGAUCAGGAGUUGGAACAUAAUAAUUCUCUUGUUAGAGAAGAAAAAGAGACAACUGAUACAAGGAAAAAAUCACUUCUUUCUGCUGCUUUGGCUAAAUCAGGUGAAAGACUACAAGCUCUAACACUUCUUAUGAUCCACUAUAGAGCAGGCAUUGAAGAUAUAGAAACUUUAGAAAGUCUGUCUUUAGACCAGCACUCCAAAAAAAUAAGCAAGUACACAGAUGAUACAGAAGAAGACCUUGAUAACGAACUAAGCCAACUAAUAGACUCUCAGCCAUUCAGCAGCAUAUCAGAUGACUUAUUUGGCCCAUCUGAGUCUGUGUAACAGUCUAUUUAAGCUUUCAAAUGAUUGGGGGAAAGUUGCAUCUAAAGUACCACAGAUAAAACCACAUUUAAAUCCUCUUAUAACGCACUUUGGCCUGCUUCUCCACAGUUACUUGCUUGUGUAAGAACAAGAAUGAAAAAGGUUGUUUUUCAGCAGAAACAUGACCAGCUCACUAAUUGGUUGUUUUGGAUUGCAUUUAUAGCAAUGCUUUUUUGGGUUUAUACUGGGAAUUUAUUUUUACUAAUUUAUUUUUAACUAUUUCUAAUUAUGUAAUUACGUAAGCUAACUUUUCAUGUUUAUGUAUAUGUGAUGUCUCAUUGUGUUAUUUUCCUUCCUCUUAGUUUUUGAAACAGUGUGAAAUAGUAUACUGUCCAGAUUCUUGAAAUAUUUUCGUUUCCAUCAUGGUUAUAACAAAUUUGCUGCAUGCCCAAAUUGACAACAGCAAUCAUUGAGGGAACAGGUUUUGAAUCUUUAUUUUGUUUUAUGAAGUUUGUCAUCUCUACUUGCUUGAGAUUUUUGUUAUUUGAGGGGUUUGUGGGGGCUUUUUUUUGUUUUUGCCAAAUGUAACAUGAAAGCACAUGCUGCAGCUUUAGUCUGUUAUGCUGAUUUAGUAAAAAAAUUUUUUACAUUUA